CAAAGCGUUUUACAUGUGCGACUCGAGAUGGAUACAUAUGAUGUUGGAAUUAUGUUGAUACCGAAAAUUAUUUGAUCGAGCCAGACGUGUUUAAAUUAAGUAAAUGAGCCAGCGCUUUCGUAUCAAGUAUUUCAUAACGACAUGCUGCGUUAUACAUUAUUUGUUGUUUUGCUUCUGCAAUGUUUACCGCUGAACAUAAGUGAAAACUCAAAAAACCGAAUUGAUAUAAGAAACAGAUAUUCUCCUGGACACAUUCAAUUUCAUUCACCUCAUCAGCACCUAGUGAGCCCGAUAAAUUUACUUAAUCCUGACAAAUACGAAUACUUCACCAUCAAUAAUCAAGGAAAUAUCAUAAAACGAUUGAUGACAUCGAAGGAAAUUCAAAGUAUAGUUGCUGGUAAUAAUGUUAGACAAAAUGUGUUUGACAAGCUUGAUUCGCCUCAUGGCAUAAUAACCAACAUAGUUAGCAGCAUAAAGAAUGUUUUGAACACAGAGCUGCUGUCCAAAACUCACGAAAACCAUCAUCCGGACAACAAUGCAAACGGAAAUAUAGCCGAAGUUACAUCAAGCGAAUCAUCUGAAAAUAAAAAUGAAUAUGUUCCAACCAUCCUGAAUUUAGUUGAACUUUCUAGUCAUCACGAAAAUCAAGAAAAUCUUUCUGACUCCGCUACGAAAUGUCAUAAUAACUGUGAUGUUGAAAAUGAUCCUAACAUCGGUAUAACAACGUUGAUCAGCCACCAGACGAAGUCGACUGAAAUGUACUCUGAACAGGCUACAGAGAGUACCCCACAACAGACAGAUGAAAAUAAAAUUGAAAAUAUGCUCCAGUGGCUAAUAUUGAACAACAAUCUACCGGAGGCCACUGAAAAGGCCCAUGAAAGUACACCACUUCAACCGGAAGAAAAUACAACUGAAAAUGAAAAAGCAACAGAAAAUACAUCAUACCAGGCGGACGAAUUCACAACUGAAAGCAAAUUGAUGUUACUCAUAUCCAACAAUCUGCCGGAAUUGACCGAAAAAGCUACGGAAAGUACUACGUAUCAGGCGGAUGAAAGAAUAACCAUGUCCACUGUUCAAAGUACAUUGGCAGGUGAGGAAUAUUCAUAUCAUAUUAUGACUCCAAAUAGCGAAGCAUCUACUGAAACACCAUCAGCUACGUUAAUCAGCAGUGCCAGUAGUGGAACGUCAACUGAAAUACCAACUACUAUGUUAAUCAACAAUCCAAGUAGCGGAGCUUCUACUCAAAUGCCGGCAACUAUGUUAAUCAGCAGUCCCAGUAGCGAAACUUCCACUCAAAUGCCAACAACUACGUUAAUCAGUAGUCCAAGUAGCGAAACUUCUACUCAAAUGCCGGCAACUACGUUUAUCAGCAGUCCAAGUAGCGAAAAUUCUACUCAAAUACCAGCAACAGCUUUAAACAUCAGUCCUAGUAGCGAAACAUCUACUCAAAUACCAGCAACUACGUUAAUCAGCACGGUUGAUGAUGAGCCAGAACAAUACAUAAUUUCGAUGCAACAACGGUGCUCGAAAGUACUACUACAACAGAGGAAUAUAGUUUGA